AUGACUCAAAAUCUCUGCGCCUGUCUGGGUGAGUUGGUGGACAAGAUCUGCUCCGGGGACCCCAAGCCGCUGGAGGCCGCAGCCCCUGUGGUGCCGGCAGCGACACUGGCAGUGCCGAAUGUGCCGUUGGAGACGGAGAAAUCGGAGGUGGGGCUGGAGGUGAUCAGCGAAGGCAAGGCCAGCGAAAGUCGCAGCCGUGUCAGCGCUGAGAGUCGCGGAUCCACCAAAAAGCGGCGGCAGCCGCUGCGCAGCCCUCGGGCCCUGCCCCCAGCGGUGCUCAAGGAGGAUCCGGCUUCCAGAGCCUUCUUUUGUGGCCACUGGCCGGGAAAGCGCAACGACUAUGAGGGAGAGGCGGGAUUCAAAAUUCUUCCAGAGAUGGACUUUGAAAUCACCGCCUUGGGUCGUUGUGCGGAGCCACCCUUGAUGGAAGCCGCCUUAGUCUCCGUGUGGGAUACGAAGAGCCAGGAAUGCCUGGCAUCUGCCCUGGUGGGACCCACCUCACGAGUGGAUGGCUUCUAUGCUUGGGAGCCCUUGAUGGAACCCUUGCUGUUGAAGAAGGGGCAGGAGUAUCGAAUGUCCCAGAGAUGUCGAGCAAACAUGUUGGACCGAUGGUGCGACGACUACGCCACCAAAGAAGAGUUGAGUGGAAAGAGUUGGGCUGCUCUCGCGAGCUUCAUCGGGGGCGUUUGCCGUGAAAAAUCCGACUGUGAAUUCUCGAGCUUUCCGCAUCUCAGCGAUGGCCAGCUCCGCAGGGCCGGCAUCGUGAACUUCAAGGCCAUUCUGCGACCGGGCCCUGAACCCGAGCUGCGUUGCGUGGACCGCGAGGCCUUCGCCCGCGACCUGGCUCUGCAGCUAACGGCGGUGCCGGAGGCUGGUCCCGCGCUGGCGGUGGAGGAGGUGGAGCUGCGACUGGCAGCACUGGCAGGUCUCCUAGCACUUCUGGUGGACGAGCUUCAGGGCAUCAGCGCCUUGGCACUGCUGGCGCCCCAGGAGGAGCUGGAGAUCAUCGUGGCCUCCGCCGCCGCAGUGAACCCUUGGGGCCAGGUGGAGCUGGCAGGUGCUUCGGUCUUCGACAGCCGGGCGCUGUGCCUGGCCGCGCGGCGCAGCGGGAUGUUGGACGCAGGGCUGCUGCUCGUGUCCUUCACCGGGGAGGUCAUGGGUUUAGUUCUGCGCCCCCGCUGCGCUGGUGGUGCCAACGCGGCCGGCGGCCCCAUGGUCUUCGACCAGGGCCGGCCACUGCAGCCCUGGGAGAUCGCUCAACAGCUGCCGGGGGCGGGCCUGGCCAUGGCGAAGCAGCUGGCUGGGGACGUUCUUGCUUAUGAUGCGAGGCAGAUGCAGCGCGGCAACCCCAUAGGAGGACCUGACCAAGUGCGCUCCUUUCAGUUCCGGAUGAUUGAGUUGCAGGAGCUCUUCACCGACCCAGAGAGGAGUUCUUUCUCCGUGGUGACCAUCCCAACCACCUUGGCGCUGGAAGAAACCAAGCGGCUGCUGCAACAGCUCGAAGAACAGGACAUCCGAUGUGGCCUCGUCAUUGCGAAUCGCAUCCUGGACAUUGAGCAGGUGAGCCAAAUGGCAAGCAGCCAGCAGAAGACGCAGCAGGUCGCCCUUGAAGCAUUGGAUGCUUUGGCCAAGCGCGAAGGAAUGGAGGUGGUUCGGGUGCCAUACUUGGAUCGUGAGGUCCAAGGAAUCUAUGGUUUGCAAUAUCUUGGAAAGACUCUGGUAGAGGCAUAA